AUGGUGAAAAUCACAGACCAGCAGAUAGAGCAGUGGCGUCGCGAUGGCUACGUGCUCAUCCCCAACUUUUUGUCAAAGGAGGAGGUAGAGGCCGCCCGCCAGGGAGUGUUUGAAUGGUUCUCCCCUUCUUGGGAUGAGUACGUUGCAGCAGGUCGAAAGGUCAACUGUCCAGAAAUCAGGACAUUCCCAUGGAACAACUCUGGUCUCAACCAGAUUGUUCUCAAUGAUGAUCUUAUUGAUGCCGCAGAACGGAUUCUUGGUACUAAGGAUAUUCAUUUGAGUGAAGCUCAUCUUGGCAUGAAGUAUGCUGGUAAUCCAAGUAACAACAGUGCUCCUGACGACUUCCAUCAAGAUUGGCGUAACAAUACUAUUGGUCCUCAUCAUGCCGAAGACUUCAACAGCCCCGCUUUCUUCUAUUGUCUUGAUGAUGUAACGGAAGGAAUGGCUCCAGUACAAAUGGUUAAAAACGGGUUGGAACCCAACCCUCAAAAUGCCGAGAAAUUUUACUGUUCUGCGGGUUCACUUUGUAUCUAUUCAACUUGGACUUGGCACGCCUCAUCUGAGUUCACUGCGAAGGAAGGUCAUCGACCAACAAUGUGGCUAGGCUUCAAUAAGAAUGACCGUAUGUGGGAAGGUGGACGGUUUUUCACUAUCAAGUCCACGGGAACUCCUGAUGGAUGGUUGCGUGCGAUCGGCGAGGCAACUCCUCGUCAACGAGAGCUUCUUUUCUUCCCUCCUGCAGGAGAUGAAAGAUGGACAGAUGAGAUGAUUAAUGGCAUGGAAAAGCGUUAUGGUCCAUAUGGUUUUGACCCUAAGCCUUAUCGACAGGCUAAAGCGGAGAAGGUGGCUCAGGCUUAAGAGUGCAGUGCGCUAUGCACACUCAUGUAGCACGUUCGCUUUUUACGAUGUAUAAUGAUGAAAUAAAGCUCUAUGUAUUUUUGU